UUGUUUCACACAGCUGACCAAACAAAAGUAAACGACUCAUUCCUCCUCCCAUCAAGCAUUUCUCCUUCAGAACUUCUCUUGUCAUAUCUUCUCUUGGGUGUUGUAGUCAAACAAGAGCUGGAAAGGGAAGGGAGGAGAUGAGGAUUCAGGACAAGAACUCAAAGUUGAUGCCUGCAGGUGGAGGGAACACAAACCUCACCCUUCAUGCAUGCGCUGAGGCUGGAGAUCUUAUUGCUUUGCAGGCCUUACUCCGCCAAAACCCUGCUCUUCUUAAUCAAAGAACCGUUCUUAUGGCACAGACGCCGUUGCACGUUGCUGCCGGUCUGAAUAGAGUUGAGAUAGCAAAGUAUUUGCUCGACUGGGAAGGGCCAGGGAAAGUGGAAUUGGAAGCCAAAAAUGUUUAUGGUGAGACCCCAUUGCAUGUUGCAGCUAAGAAUGGAUGUAAUGAAGCAGCAACGCUGGUUCUUGAUUAUGGCGCCUAUAUUGAAGCCAGAACAAAUAAAUCAAUGACUCCGUUGCAUCUUGCUGUUGGUUAUGCACUGCAAUCCGGAGACAACUCAAUAGUGAAGACAUUGUCGGAGUAUAACGCAGAUUUCUCGGCCAUGGACAAUGAGGGCAAAACUCCAUUUGGUUAUGUUCCAGCAGGCCUAGAAAAUGUGGAGUUGUUCACACUCCUAUGCCAGCAUGUAACAACACAGGUUCAAAAUGUAACACAACAGAUUUACAAUACAACAGGCUACUCAUGGGCUGGAUUCCCGAGUGCUGUAAAUCAAAGUCAUUACUAUGGUACGACAAACUACUCAUUCACGAGCAACCAAAAUGUUGAAGAGCCGAAGAAUUAUGAUAGUGGGAUAAAAGGAAAGAUGGAUGAGUUUGAACAUGAGCUGUCAAAGAUAGUGGGUCUGUGUGACCUCAAACUUCAACUUCGGAAAUGGGCAAAAGGCAUGCUCUUGGAUGAGAAGCGUCGAGCCAUGGGACUAAAUCUCGGCCCAAGAAAACCACCUCACAUGGCGUUCCUUGGAAAUCCCGGGACAGGGAAGACCACUGUGGCACGAAUCUUAGGCAAACUACUGCAUUCUGUUGAGGUGCUUUCUACCGAUAACGUAACAGAAGUACAAAGAACAGAUUUGGUAGGAGAAUAUCUUGGCCAAACUGGACCGAAGACGAGAAAAAAGAUCGAAGAAGCCAUGGGGGGCAUUUUGUUCGUGGACGAAGCCUACCGUUUAGCACCUUCACAGACAGCAGGUGAUCACGUUGACUAUGGUGUGGAAGCACUAGAAGAGAUCAUGUCUGUCUUGGAAGAUGGCAACAUUGUGGUCAUUUUUGCGGGCUAUACUGAGCCGAUGAAACGUGUGUUCUCUUCAAACGAAGGAUUUUGUAGACGGGUGACUCACUUUUUCCAGUUUGAUGAUUUUACUUGCAAAGACCUUGCCGAGAUGCUGAUGAUAAAGAUGAGUAAGCAGGACGAGAAAAGCCGGUUGUAUGGGUUUAAGCUCCAUCCUUCGUGCACAUAUGAUGCUGUUCUUGCAGUGAUAGAGAGGAAUUCUACUGAAAAGCUACGCAAUAAAAUGAAUGGAGGUUUGGUGGAUCAUAUGCUGAAUAAUGCCAGAGAGAAUUUGGAUUCGAGGCUGAGUUUUGACUCUAAAGGUGAUGAACUAUUGACAAUCACAUUAGGUGAUUUGGAAGGAGGACUUAAACUGUUAUCGCAACGUGUAAAUAUCGACUGAAGUAGAGAACAAUUGGCGUAGUACAAAACAUAUAUCUGAUGCCAAAAAUUGAUACAUUUAAGUUCUUUUGUCUGGAUGUAUUGUCUUUCCAUUUUCUUAUGGCUGUACUUUGAUUGACAAAUUCGUAAGUGUUUUUUCUUUAAAAGGAAAAUGCAUCUUUCAUUAUCAACCAUAAUUGUUUCAUACAAGAAAG